GUAGAGCUGUGUGGGCAACGUCAGCUGCUUAUUUCUGGUCUGAAUGUUGGAGGCAGCGUGAGCGGUGUCUUGCACAGCAUCACCAUUUCUCCUGGAGGAAGCUGAUGACUGACUAGCAGCACCUGCAACCAGGUUUCGCAUGAGACCUGCCUGCUGGACCAGGUGUUGGAGCUGAUUAUGCAUGAGAAGCCUCUGAACAACGCCAGUCUCUUCUUGAACGAGGACGCGGACAAGCCCCCAGUGCCAGAGAGAGGAGCCCUGAGGAGGCGCAUACGACUGGCUAUGGAGCACAGAGCAAGUGAAGUCCGGGACCGCAUCAGCUCCUUCAGCAGAGAUGCACUCAAAAUGUUCCUCAAAAGAAACCUCUUUGUGCUUUUCACUGUGGCUGCUGUGGCUUUAGGUCAGUGUCCAAAAGACAGUCAAUGUUUUUCCAUUGAUUCAUGUUCCUGUUCUUUUGUAAAAAGUCACACAUAUUCACAUAUGUGUUUUAAAGGUGUGGUCCUAGGAUUUGCACUACGCCCUCGCAACUUGACAUUGAGGGAGAUCAAAUAUUUUGCCUUUCCUGGAGAGCUGCUAAUGAGGAUGCUGCAGAUGCUGGUGCUGCCGCUCAUUGUCUCCAGUUUGGUCACAGGUAUCUCUUCCCUUGAUAGCAAAGCAUCUGGUAAAAUGGGAGUUCGAGCAGUGGUUUAUUACAUGGUGACCACGCUGAUUGCUGUUUUCAUUGGGAUUGUUUUGGUGAUCAUCAUCCGCCCGGGUAAAGGCAACAGAGACAGGCCCAUCGACAAAACUGGAAAUAUUGAACCGGUGCAGGCCAUGGAUGCUUUCCUCGAUCUCAUCAGGAACAUGUUUCCUCCAAACCUGGUAGAAGCUUGUUUUAAGCAGUAUAAAACCAUGUACAAGAAGACUGUCCGCACUCGCAAUGUUACAGUGGCCCUAAACCUCACUGACUCCUUCAACAUCACAGACUCCAGUGCCAGCAUCAACCUGAGCCAAGUGCUUCAGACCAUCCAGGAGACUGUGGAGGAAACUGUGCCUGUGUCUGGCUCCUCUGGGGGGGUGAAUGCUCUGGGACUGGUGGUCUUCUCCAUGUGUUUUGGUCUGGUCAUAGGAAACAUGAAGCAGCAGGGUCAAGCACUGCGAGACUUCUUCGAUUGUCUAAAUGAAGCGAUCAUGAGGCUGGUGGCUAUUAUCAUCUGGUACGCCCCAGUGGGUAUCAUGUUUCUGAUUGCUGGAAAAAUUGUGGAGAUGAAGAAUCUGGCUGAGGUGGGCGGGCAGCUGGGCAUGUACACUGUGUCUGUCAUUAUUGGUCUGCUCAUCCAUGGGCUGUUUGUUCUGCCUGUGCUCUUUUUUGUGGUGACACGGAGAAACCCCUAUGGCUUUAUUGGGGGCCUGCUUCAAGCUCUCAUAACCGCGCUCGGGACCUCCUCCAGUUCUGCCACUUUGCCCAUCACUUUCCGGUGUCUGGAGGAGAACAACCAUGUGGACAAGCGAGUGACACGGUUUGUACUUCCUGUUGGCGCCACCAUAAACAUGGAUGGGACUGCUCUGUAUGAAGCGGUGGCUGCCAUUUUCAUAGCCCAAGUCAAUGACAUGGACCUAAACUUUGGACAGAUCCUCACCAUCAGUAUCACAGCGACUGCUGCCAGCAUCGGAGCAGCAGGCAUCCCCCAGGCCGGCCUGGUUACCAUGGUGAUCGUAUUGACAUCGGUGGGACUGCCCACGGAGGACAUAACACUGAUCAUCGCUGUGGAUUGGUUCCUGGACCGACUGCGUACCACCACCAAUGUGCUGGGGGACUCUCUGGGGGCUGGUAUCGUGGAGCACCUGUCCCGAGACGAGCUGCAGAAUCAGGAUCUUGAUGGGCGCAACUGUGUGAUUGAAGUGAAUGAGAAGCCCUACCAGCUCAUCUGCCAGGACAGCGACACAGUAAACCACCACAACAGUGAGACCCCCAUGUAAGGACUGCACCAAACACUUAAGAUUAAAACCAGCUACGUCACUGCCAUAGUAAGAAUUAUAAAUAUUGCUGUCCAUUAAACACAUUCAGGUUAGUAUUAUCUGUGUAGUUGUCAAAGUAAAUCAAUAGUAUCUGUAUUUAUAUGCCUAUAAUUACUUUUUUAAGCUUUUCACAACUUUUUUCAAAACUGGUCCUCACUCUAGUUAGUUUUCUUAUACAUAUGUAUGAUCAGAUACACGCAUGUCAAAGGACACGCAGGUGGCUGCCUUAUCAUAUCCUUAUCAUAUUUGUGUUUUUAAAUAUUAGAUUAGAAGCUUUUUGUGUUGCUAAAGUAACAGAAACAUUUUGGUUAUUUUUCUAUAGUAGGCAAUGAUACGGUUCAAGUAAUUUUCUGCCAUAACAGUACUUGUUUGAAUGUAUCUACAAAGCCUAUUUAAAAACAGCUGAUGUUUGUAGUUUGCAACCAGAGUUCAGCCAGUGUUGACUACCUCUAUCGUACUGUAGCCCAGUAGAGCACUACAGUGAGUACAUUGUUGAACAUAUCAGUGUAAAUAUAAUAUUGGGUCCAGUAUUUAAAAUGUAAUGGUUUGUUAUUGAUAUUUGCCUGCACUGUACUAUUUGAAUGUACUGUUAAUGAAAGGCCUUUCAUUCAAUGCUGGUUUAUUCAUUCAGUUAAAUAUUGGUUAAAUACUUCCUUAUUUUGUUUUUCAUUAUAGUUUGGGCUUUUGCUUUGUUUUUAAUGGGAGCAUGAUUGUGCUAUGGGCAGUAUAUUUAUUUUAGUAAAGACUUUUUUUAUUAAUCAACAGAUUUUUGUUUAGCCCACUGCUGCUGUGAAUGUUUGUUUUUGUUCUGUUUUUGUUUUGUUUUUUGUAAAAUGUGAAAAAUUAUGUAUGGAGACUCUAAA